AUGGACGAGCGUGGCCGCGCUACGUCUCACCUGCCGCUCCGUCAAAGCUGCAGUCGACGAAGCGCUCAACACCCGCAGCGGCCGGCGCCUCAAGAAGGCGUGCGCGCUCGCCGAGCCGCUCGACCAAUUCCUGGCCCACCACUUCUUGUCGGACACAACCACGACGGCCGGCGGCGGCGGUGGUGUGCCCCUGUUCUCGGCGUCGGCCGGCGACGCACAGGCCAAGAACCGCGUGCGCAUGAUGGCCGAGGCGGCGCUGGGCCUGACCGGCGCUCGCAUCCACCAGGCGCGUCUCGGCGAGGUGCUCGACUACGUGUGGCGCGAGUGGGACUUCGCGCCAGCCAAGCUCCACGAUUUGCGCAGCGUACUGCUCGCACCUCGGGCGGUCGCCGGCGAAGGCCCGGGCGGCGAAAGCAUGGGGCCGGCGGCGCCGCUGCUGACCAUUCACCACCUGAGGCGAGGCGACGACUUCUUGGGCAUGGCCUACUCUCUAGGCAUCACAUCGUGCCUCUCGCUGGGCCUGCCCGACCUGCCACACGGUAA